GCGUCAACAACUGUCAUUGCAUUGGCAUUAGUCGCGGUGUUUUGUAGUUUCUCCGCACAAUCGUUGACGAAAUGACUGGAAAACUUAAAGGCGCCAAGCGUAAGGCCUCAGAAAUUAUUGAUGAAAAGAAGAGGCCGCCAAACAAGGCGGAAGAAGUUUCAGAAGAAUCCGAAAAUGAGAAUAAUCUGCUGAACGGCGUAAAUAAUGAGGAAAAUGACACCACAGACGAUGAAGGCGUUGAUGAGCUAUUCACUUCCGACGAUGACGACGAAUUGAGUUUUGUCAGCGACGAGGAAGGCAAUUACGAGCAUGUUGGGAACAUAAGCGACGAGUCUGGCGAAGGAUCUGGAUCCGAAGUGGAUUCCUUGGAAGAAGGAGAAGAGGAAGAAAGCGAUGGAGAGGACGCCGAUAGUGAGAGCGAAGAAGCAGAAGAGGAGUCGGAUGGGAACGACAACGAAGAAAGCCAAAGGGAGGAAAAAGUCGUGCAAAACUUGAAAAAUAUCAAAAUCAGCAAACAAAAUAAGAAAAAGGAAGCAGCUGGUCCUUCGGAAGCGCCUGCAGUUGAUAAAGUUGUGGCCAGGCCUGAUAAAAGUGCAGCGAGUACAUCGUCCGGGUUCCAGGAGUAUGGCGAGGAUGAUCCGGACACCUCCGACGAAGAGGACAUCCGAAACACAGUCGGCAACAUUCCCAUGCAUUGGUACGACGAAUACAAGCACAUUGGCUACGAUUGGGAGGCGAAAAAGAUCAUCAAGCCGGCCCAGGGUGACCAAAUCGAUGACUUCCUCAAGAAGAUUGAGGAUCCUAACUUCUGGCGAACGGUGAAGGACCCACAGACAGGCCAGCAGGUUGUGCUGAGCGAGGCUGACAUUGAUGUAAUCAAGCGAAUUAACACGGGCAGAGUCCCGGACGGAAGCUACAAUCAAUAUGAGCCCUGGAUCGAAUGGUUCACCUCCGAAGUCGAAAAGAUGCCCAUCAAGAAUAUCCCCACUCACAAACGAUCGUUCCUGCCAUCGCAGUCAGACAAAAAGAUGGUCUCGCGGAUGGUCCACGCUCUCAAGAUGGGUUGGAUGAAGACUGCUCGCGAAUUGAAGGAGGAAAAGAAGAAAGGAAGCGGCCCGUCCUUUUACAUGAUGUGGGAGACUGACACCGGCCGGGAAGACAUUCGCCGCAUCCACGAUCACGUGGCGGCACCCAAACGUGACCUUCCUGGCCAUGCCGAAUCAUAUAAUCCUCCUCCAGAGUACCUUUUCGACGACAAAGAAAUGAAGGAGUGGGAGAAAAUGAAGGAUGAGCCACACAAACGAAAGUUGCACUUCCUGCCGCAAAAGUACAGCUCGUUGCGCGAGGUGCCUGCUUAUUCGCGCUACGCCCGAGAACGCUUCUUGCGUUGUUUGGAUUUGUAUUUAUGUCCGAGGGCGAAACGAAUGAAGCUCAACAUCGACGCUGAGUAUUUGAUACCCAAAUUGCCAUCUCCGAGGGACUUGCAGCCGUUCCCGAUUGUGCAGAGUUUGGUUUACGAAGGACACACGGACAUUGUGCGAUCGAUCAGCGUCGAGCCGAAAGGAGAGUAUUUGGUAUCUGGUUCAGAUGAUAUGACUGUGAAAAUUUGGGAAAUCGCUACCGCUCGCUGCAUACGGACGAUCCAUACCGGAGACAUCGUUCGCUGCGUUGCCUGGUGCCCGAACUCUAAGCUUUCUAUUAUUGCUGUCGCUUCGGGUAAUCGCGUCCUUCUAAUCAAUUCAAAGGUUGGUGAUAGUUUGCUGGUGAAAAAGACCGACGAUCUCCUGGCGGAGGCGCCACCAAAUGAUAUGCUUGAGUCAGACCGAAUUAAAACUGCUGUGCAGUGGGAAACGCCUAAGAAGCAAGAGUACGAGUUAGGAGUUCGUAUCGUAAUCACGCAUUUCAAACCUGUUCGGCAAGUAACGUGGCAUGGUCGUGGUGAUUAUCUAGCAACCGUUAUGCCUGAAGGUGCUAAUCGCUCAGCGUUGAUUCAUCAACUGUCGAAGCGACGAACUCAAAUUCCAUUCUCCAAGAGCAAAGGCCUUAUUCAGUGUGUUUUGUUCCAUCCUGUUAAGCCAUGCUUCUUUGUUGCGACACAACACAACAUCCGUAUUUAUGAUUUAGUCAAACAAGAGCUUAUUAAGAAACUGUUGUCUGGUAGUAAAUGGAUAUCAAACAUGGCUAUCCAUCCGAAGGGAGAUAAUCUUUUAGUUUCUACAUAUGACAAGAAAAUGUUAUGGUUUGACUUAGAUUUGUCUACGAAGCCUUACCAGACGAUGAGAUUGCACAAGAAUGCAGUCAGGUGUGUGGCUUACCAUUUACGGUAUCCACUUUUCGCUUCGGGUGGCGACGAUCAUGCAGUCAUUGUUUCGCACGGAAUGGUUUAUAAUGACUUGCUGCAAAAUCCAUUAAUUGUGCCGCUUAAAAAACUAGAAACACAUGAAAAGGUGGCGGAAUUUGGAGUUUUAGAUGUUGUGUGGCAUCCAGUGCAGCCAUGGGUAUUUUCCUCAGCUGCUGAUAAAACUAUUAGACUAUAUACAUAAUUUUAAUUGUUUACUAGGUUUCAAUCUAAAAUGAUUAUUUUUCUAAAUAAUAAAUAUUCUUAAAUGAAA